CGCACGUCAUUAUUGCAAAAAACCCAGACCCAUUUUCGUCAUUAGAGAUUCUCAACUCGCCUCUAGCGCCAUCAUCACCAAUAUUCAGAGAACACACACUGACACGCACUCAAAACUGAAAACACGCACACACUCACACACACUCACUCUCUCUCUCUCUCUCUCUCUCUGUGAGAAAAAUGGGUACCCGAUUCCCUUCGCACCAGCUAAGCAGCGGACUGAUUGUAUCGGGUCGACCCGAGCAGCUCAAGGAGCGCCAGCCGACAAUGGCCUCCAGAGCUGUGCCGUACACCGGAGGUGACGUCAAGAAAUCCGGUGAGCUCGGCAAAAUGUUCGACAUACCGGUAGUUGAUCCUUCAUCCAAGACCUCACGCCCUUCUUCCUCUUCCCAGCACACCAGCGGAUCGGUUCGAUCCGGAUCCAAUUCAGGCCCAAUUGGCAGACAUUCCAAUUCGGGUCCGAUCCCGAAGAAAUCUUCCGGUCCCAUGAUACCGCUCCAGCCAACAGGGCUGAUCACGUCGGGUCCGCUGGGGUCGGGUCCUCUGGGAUCGUCAGGUGGUGGGGGGAGGAGGUCGGGUCAGAUGGAGCAUACCGGGUCAAUAGGGAAGGCGGUUUACGGGUCGGCCGUGACCAGCUUGAGGGAGGACGUGAAGGUAGGGUUUAGGGUUUCGAAGGUGGUGGUGUGGGUGUUCUUAGUGGUGGUUGCUAUGGGUUUGCUUGUGGGAGCUUUUUUGAUGGUGGCGGUGAAGAAAGCAGUGAUUCUAGUGUCGGUAGCUGGGAUUUUGUUGCCGGUUGUGGUGGUAAUUCUGUGGAAUUACAUUUGGGGAAAGAGAGGGUUGCUAGGGUUUGUGAGGAGGUAUCCUGAUACCGAGCUUAGAGGUGCCAUUGAUGGACAGUACGUCAAGGUUACUGGGGUUGUUACCUGCGGCAGUAUCCCUUUGGAAUCAUCAUACCAAAGGGUUCCUAGGUGUGUGUACGUUUCCACAGAAUUAUAUGAAUUCAAAGGAUUGGAUGGAAAGUCUGCAAAUCCUAAACACCGCUGCUUUUCAUGGGGAUCUAGAUAUUCAGAGAAAUAUAUUGCUGAUUUCUACAUAUCUGACUUUCAAUCUGGAUUAAGAGCUUUGGUGAAAGCUGGCUAUGGAGCUAAGGUUGCUCCAUUUGUUAAAGCAUCUACUGUAGUGGAUAUCACAAAGGAAAACAGAGAGUCAUCUCCAAGCUUUUUACGCUGGUUAGCUGACCGCAGUCUCUCUAGUGAUGAUCGUGUAAUGCGCCUCAAAGAAGGCUAUGUCAAAGAAGGGAGUACUGUUAGUGUGAUGGGGGUAGUCCGGCGCCAUGAUAACGUUCUCAUGAUAGUUCCACCAACAGAACCCGCAUCAACAGGCUGUCAGUGGGCCCGUUUCCUCCUCCCUACCUAUGUUGAAGGUCUUAUUUUGACUUGCGAUGAUAAUCAAAAUGCUGAUGUAGUCCCCGUGUAGAUAAUGAAAGCUUCAUCGUGGUUUUGUUUUGAAGUGGAUGCUGAAAAAGUAAAAUAUUUGGAGGGUGAAGUUGACAGCGAAUCACGUAGUACCAAACCACUGUCUUUCAGUUCCGGGUUAAGUGUAUGCAAUUUGGCCUAGAAGAUGCAGAGCAGGAAGACUGAAGGUCACGUAAUAAUCAAGGUUUGUUUACUUGAGAGUUAAUAUCCCGUAGAGGAUGAUAAUGAGAUCGGUGAGGGUAAAAAAGGAUUUACUCUGUCAAGAAGCUAGAAGAUGCUGCGCGUUUGUGAUUUUUGGCUGAUUUUAUGUACAUAAAGUCAUAGAGGUACCCAAACGGGUUCGGAAAUGUUGCUUGCUUAUGCAAAAUUUUAGUUUCGUAGAAGUGAAGUAUUUUUGUGGUUAUUUUCUUCUACAAGAUAUCCAGGCUCAGCUGUAUUUCUAUUUGAUUAUGUGAAUUGUUUGUGAAGAUCUGAUUUUAUGUUAAUAGUCUUCUAAGCAUCAUACCAUGUA